CAAAAGUUGUAAGCAAAAAUGAAGCCCAAAAGAAUCAUUUUGAUGGGUCUUCGACGAAGCGGCAAGUCUUCAAUUCAAAAAGUUGUGUUUUACAAAAUGCCGCCGAACGAAACUUUAUUUCUGGAAUCAACAGCUCGUCUCACACAAGAACACAUUUCCUCGUUUAUCGACUUUUCGGUCUGGGAUUUUCCUGGUCAAGUGGAUGUCUUUGAUGCAGCAUUUGAUUUUGAAAGCAUCUUCAUUCAAGUUGGGGCACUUAUUUUUGUUAUAGAUGCACAAGAUGAUUAUCUGGAUGCGUUGGCUCGUCUGCAUGUGACUGUUGCUCGCGUCGUUGCCAUUAAUCCCAAUAUCUGCAUUGAGGUAUUUAUUCACAAAGUGGACGGCCUUAGCGAUGAAUUCAAGAUAGACACUCAGCGUGACAUUCAGCAGCGGACCCAGGAUGAACUUGCUGACAUUGGACUUGAGAAUGUCCCUAUUUCGUUUCAUCUUACUUCCAUCUUUGACCAUUCCAUCUUUGAAGCCUUUAGUCGUGUCAUCCAAAAACUGAUUCCUCAGCUUCCUACGCUUGAGAACCUGCUCAAUAUCUUUUGUGCUAAUUCCUUAGUAGAAAAGGCUUACGUUUUUGAUGUGCUCUCCAAAAUCUACAUCGCUACUGAUAGUUCUCCAGUCGACGUUCAAAGUUAUGAAAUCUGCUCCGAUUUCAUCGACGUUAUUCUUGAUAUUGGCUCUAUAUAUGGAGGUGCACGCCAGAAACAUUCUGAGCGACACCCUGAUGCUUUGGACGAAACUUCUUCUAUCAUCCGAUUAUCCAACGACUUGGUCUUGGUUUUGCGUGAAAUGAAUCAGUAUUUGGCUUUGGUUUGCAUCAUCCGUGCCGAUAAUUUCAAAAAAUCUGGUCUCAUUGAAUACAAUGUGCAAUGCCUACAGUCAGCCAUUCAAUCUCUCUUUUCUUCUAAAUGAUGAGAAUCUAUGCCUUACUCUAGCUAGGACUACCUUCUGUCUGUUUCCGAUUAUGUCUUAUAUAUGUUGGAAUGUUUUCUUUUAAUUCUUCGUUUUGUACAUCAUGUUCUUGUUUAAAUUCUAUAAUCUCUAAUAAUGUUUUGGCUCCGUGGCUUUAAUAAAAACCACGAAUUUUAAUCUAUGUGUUUAUAUUACGAAGCAACCGAAAUAGUUAGAACUUGAGCAUAAUAUUGAAAAAGAAAUAACUUUUUAAACCCAAA